AUGGCUUCAGACGCGGAAGAGGUGGCCGAGGAUUACCGGCACGCGCUCGAGGAUCUCUCCUCCAACAUGCGUUUUGAGAUUAGCAACCUGACCGUCAUCGCCCGAGAAAACACGGAGCAUGCCCUGGCCAUCGCCGAAGUGCUCCAGCAGCACAUUCUCAAGGCACCACCCAACAAAAAGCUGCCCUCUCUCUACGUCCUGGAUUCGAUUGUCAAGAAUGUUGGAACGCCCUACACGCUAUACUUUGGACGCAAUCUCUUCAAAACCUUCAUGGAGUCAUACGCCGUCGUCGACCACAACAUCCGCCGCAAGAUGGAAGAAAUGCUCAGGACCUGGAAGGACCCCGUUCCCGGAUCCAUGGACACCCGGCCAGUCUUCUCCCACGAGCUGGUGCGCCCGAUAGAAAACGCCCUCAUGAAGGCGAGGGCAGCCUCGAUGCCGCAGCAGGGCCCCGUUCCCGGAAGACCGCGCUCCGCCAUGCUUCCUCAUCGAGACACGCCCACUCCUCCCGGGAUGCGCGGAGCCUCGGGUCCGGCAGGGGCAUAUCCAGGACAGCCAUUUCCGCAGCCCAACGGAGGGCGACCCGGGGAACCGGCGCCGGGUGGCUUUGCCUACCCUGGCCAGCAGCAAUAUCCCCACCACCCGACGCCUCAACCCGGUGUCUCUACCCCAGCGGCUUUUCAACCCAGCCUCACUGGACCUUAUGGACCGGCGGCCCCGGCUGGGAUAAGCGUAGAAACGUUGAGCAAUGACAUUCAGAACCUGAUUGUUGCGAUGAGGGCCGAGUUCUCGCACAACCCACAUGAUGCUAGUGUUCAGAACAGAUUAAGAGCACUGCUGGAUCUGCAGGCCGUUGUGCAGCGCACAAGUCUUCCGCCCGACCAGCUCGAGCUCAUUAAGAACAAAGCUUUCGCGGCGCCUCCGCACACUACUUCUGCGGCCCUCACUCUCGACUCACUGCUCGGUCCAGGGGCCCUGGCAGCGCUAAUGCACGCAACCCGAUCUCCGCCUCCGACACAGGCAGGACGGCCUCAACCACCCUCUCAGAACGCAGUUGGCUUGCUCGACCGACUUCGUCAGGCCGGGAUGCUCCCCCCGGCGACUCGGGCCAGCGCGGGUGCCGGCUCUGCCGCUGCCCACUCUCCCGCCCCUCCUCCCACGUCGAUGCUGCCCCCCAACAUUGCCAGCCUUCUCUCUUCGUCCAAGCUACAAGCUGGACAGCCUGGAAUAGAAGCCCCUGCUGCGUAUCCAGGGCUCGACGCAGCUUCGUUGAAGCAACAGUUUCACCCUGAGGCGGUAGCCGCUCUGUACGAGGAUUUGGGCCCUCCGUGCACGCAGUGUGGAAGGCGGUUCAAGACGGACGCGGAGGGCAAGAAGAAGAAGAUGGCCCACAUGGACUGGCACUUUCGCGUCCACCAGCGCAGCACUGAGGCGGAAAGAAGAGGCACGCAUCGCAGCUGGUACGUGGACCAGCAGGACUGGCUGAGGUCUCGCGAGGUUGUGGACUCGGAUCACGUCGCCGCCCCAGAGGAAGCAUCAAAGCAGGCGGCCGAGGCGGACAAGGUACCGCAAUACAUUCCGGUGCCGGAUCCGAGCAGCGGCGUCAACAACGUGUGCCCCAUCUGCCAGGAAAAGUUUGAGAACAAGUGGCUCGACACGGCGCAGGAGUGGCUAUGGCUCGAUGCCGUGCUCGUGGGCAAUCGAGCAUAUCACGCCUCAUGCCACGCCGAGGCGACCAUGGACCGCGAGAGCACCCCAAUCGUGUCUCGACGGACGCCUGAGCCGAUCCUGGGCAAGAGGAAGGCGGAAACAAGCUUGUCUUCGCCCAAGAUCCGGACCAUGAAGACGUCUGCAUGA